AUGGACCAACAACAAACUAAUAAAGCCCAUAGGGGUGGUACAAAGAAACCAGGAGCUAAAAAGAAAUUACAUCAAGAUGGACAAAAUAAAAAGGCAUUUGCAGUAUCAGCACCAAGAAAAUUAGAACGUAUGGCUAGAAGAUCCCAUGAUGUCAAUGAAAAAAAAUUACACGUACCAAUGAUUGAUCGUACCCCUGAUGAUGAUCCACCACCAGUUAUUAUAGCUGUUGUAGGGCCACCAGGUACGGGGAAAUCAACAUUAAUAAAAUCAUUAAUUAGAAGAUUAACGAAAACCACUUUAACUGAAAUCAAUGGACCCAUAACUGUUGUUAGUGGGAAAAGAAGACGAUUAACUUUUAUUGAAGUCAAUAAUGAUUUAAAUUCAAUGAUUGAUAUUGCUAAAGUAGCUGAUUUAGUGUUAUUAUUAAUUGAUGGGAAUUAUGGAUUAGAAAUGGAAACUAUGGAAUUUUUAAAUAUUGCUCAACAUCAUGGUAUGCCAAGAGUUUUAGGUGUUGCUACUCAUUUAGAUUUAUUUAAAUCUCAACUGACAUUACGUACUAGUAAAAAAAGAUUGAAACAUAGAUUUUGGACUGAAGUAUAUCAAGGAGCCAAAUUAUUUUAUUUAUCAGGAGUUAUAAAUGGUCGUUACCCUGAUCGAGAAAUUUUGAAUUUAUCAAGAUUUAUAUCAGUUAUGAAAUUUAGACCAUUAAAAUGGAGAAAUGAACAUCCUUAUUUAUUAGCUGAUAGAAUUACUGAUUUAACUCAUCCACAAAAAAUUACUGAAAAUCCAAAAUGUGAUCGUAAAGUGGCAAUUUAUGGUUAUUUACAUGGAACUCCAUUACCAAUAGAACAUGCUCAUAUACAUAUUGCUGGUGUUGGUGAUCAUUAUGUCCAUUCGGUGGAAAAAUUACCUGAUCCAUGUCCAACUCCAUAUUUUGAACAAAAAUUAGAAGAAUUAGAAAGAGAAAGAAUGAAAAAUGCUGCUGCUUCAGGUGAACCAUUAGCUAAAACUACUAGAAGAAGGAAAAGAUUAGAAGAUAAACAGAAAAUCAUUUAUGCUCCAAUGUCAGAUGUUGGUGGUGUUUUAGUUGAUAAAGAUGCCGUUUAUAUAGAUGUUGGUAAAGAAAUUUUUAAAACUGGGACUGGUACUUCAGAACUUAAAGGUGAAGGAGAAAAACUUGUUAAUGAUUUACAAGAAAUAUCUCAAACCAUGACGGAAAGAUUAGAAGAUGGUCCAGGUUUACAAUUGUUUUCUAGUUCUAAAGCAUUAAAUCAAGUUGAUGAUGAAUUACAAGAAGAAGAUGAGGAAGAAAGUGGACUUUUAUCUGAUGAAGAAACUAUUGUUGAUACUGGUCGUUCAUCAUUAAGAAAAGCUAGAGUUUAUGGGAAAUCUGUUAGUGAAGAUGAUGAAUUUGAUGAACUUGAAUCUGAUGAAGAGGAUGGAGAUCAAUUGAGUGAUGAUGAUAGUGAUGAUCAAGGCAACUUGAAGAGUAGGGGUAUGGUUGAAGUUGAUUUUGGUAGUAACAAUAAAUACAAAGAAAAUGAUUUGGAAUAUGUGGAAGAUUCCUCAUUAUCUUCUGAUGAAGAUUAUUAUAAAAAAUCCGCAGCCAAGUUGACUGGAUCAGUUAGAAGAAAAUGGGAUAUCAAUAAAUUGAUUUAUGUAAAGAAUAUUGAUGCUAAAGAGGUUAUAAAAAAAUGGAGAAAUAAUGACAUUGACGAAGAAGAUGAUGAAGAAGAAGAAGAAGACAUUAGACAAGAUGAUCAAGAUUUUUUCGUUAAAAAGAAGAUUGAAGACAAUAAAGAAGAUUUGGAUACAUCUAUGCCAAGUUUCCCUACUCUUGAAUCAUUAAAAGAAAAAUUCAAUCCUAACACUAUAGAUGAAAACAAUAGUGAUGAAGAAUAUGAAAAUGGUUACAAGAUUUUGAAAUCACGAUUAUUAGUUGCUCCAAAAAUGACUGAUGAUACUGAAGAAGGUGAAGAAGAAAAAGAAAUCAAAGAGAAUGAUGAUGAUGAAUUAUAUGGUGAUUUUGAAGAUUUAGAAGCCACUGAAAAUCAAGAACAAGAACAAGAGCAAGAAAAGAGUUCAGCAGAGGAGGAUGAUUUUGCUGAUUUUGAUGCUGAAGAAGAAAAAGAAAAAGAAGAAGAAGAAGAAGAUGAUGAUGAAAUAGAUGAAGAGUCAAUGACCAUUGAAGAAAAAAGACAAUUAAAUGCUGCCAAGAAAGCAAAAUUGAAGAUGCAAUUUGAAGAAGAAGAAGAUCGAGAAUUUGGAGCCAGUGAUCCUGAAGAUGAAGCAGAAACAUGGUAUGAAUAUCAAAAAAACAAAAUGGCCAAACAAUUAGAAAUUAAUAAGGCACAAUAUGAAGAAAUGACUCCAGAAAUGAGAAUUAAAAUUGAAGGAUAUCGUGCUGGAUCAUAUGUUAAAAUAGUAUUUGAUAAUAUUCCUUGUGAAUUUAUUGAUAAUUUUGAUCCCCGAUAUCCUUUGGUAUUAGGAGGAUUAUUAGCCACUGAAUCUAGAUUUGGUAUAAUGAAUGCUAGAAUAAGACGUCAUAGAUGGCAUAAAAAAAUUUUGAAAUCACAAGAUCCAUUGAUUUUAUCUUUAGGUUGGCGUCGAUUCCAAACAUUACCAAUUUAUACUACUAGUGAUUCUCGAACCAGAAACAGAAUGUUAAAAUAUACCCCGGAACAUGCAUAUUGUUUUGCUUCUUUCUAUGGUCCAUUGGUUGCACCUAAUACUACUUUUGUUGGAUUUAAUAUAGUUGAUAGUAAAUCUACAACAGGGGCAUUUAGAGUAGCUGCUAGUGGUAUUAUUGAAGAUAUCAAUUCUAGUGUUGAAAUUGUGAAAAAAUUGAAAUUGGUGGGGUAUCCAUAUAAAAUAUUCCGUAAUACUGCUUUUAUUAAAGAUAUGUUUUCUAAUUCUUUAGAAGUUGCUAAAUUUGAAGGGGCACAAAUUAGAACUGUAUCAGGAAUUAGAGGUGAAAUAAAACGUGCAUUAUCAAAACCUGAUGGUUAUUUUAGAGCCACUUUUGAAGAUAAAAUACUUAUGUCCGACACGGUGUUUUUGAAAACAUGGUAUCCUGUUAAAGUGAAGAAAUUUUAUAAUCCUGUCACUUCAUUAUUAUUAGGACAACAUUCAGAAUGGAAAGGUAUGAGAUUAACUGGACAAGUAAGAGCUGAUGAAAAUAUUGCAACACCUUUAAAUGAUGAUUCUCAAUAUAAAAAAGUUGAAAGAGUUGAAAGAAGAUUCAAUCCUUUGAAAGUUCCUAAAUCAAUUCAAGCAGAAUUACCAUUCAAAUCAAAAAUUCAUACUAUGAAACCACAAAAGAAAAAGACUUAUAUGAGUAAACGUGCCGUUGUGUUAGGAGGAGAAGAAAAGAAGGCUCGUGAUUUGAUGCAAAAGAUAAAUAGUAUUAGAAAAGAGAAAGAUACCAAAAGGAAAAUUAAAAAGGAUGAAAAAUUUAAAGAAAAAUUGAAAAAAAUUGCUAAAACUGAAGAACUUAGAAAAGAAAAAGAACGUGAAAGAAAGAAAGAAUAUUUUAGUAAAGAAGGUAAGAAAAGAAAAUUGGGGUCUAGUGAUGGUCAAGCAUUUGGUAAGAAGCAAAGAGUUUAG